CGUCACGCAGCUAUCGCCAUGUCGCUCCAGUCUGCCGCACCGGUCGUGAUCGAUGGCAAGGGCCACCUCCUCGGUCGCCUCGCCUCGAUCGUGGCGAAGCAGCUCCUCAACGGCCAGAAGGUCGUCGUCGUCCGCUGCGAGCUCAUCAACGCGUCGGGCUCGUUCUUCCGUGCCAAGCUCCGCUACCACGAGUUCCUGAACAAGCGCCACCUCGUCAACCCGAAGAAGUCCGGCCCGUUCCACCACCGUGCGCCGUCGCGCAUCUUCCACCGCACCGUCCGCGGCAUGGUCCCCCACAAGACCUCGCGCGGCGCCGCUGCCAUGGAGCGCCUCAAGGUCUACGAGGGUGUCCCCCCUCCCUUUGACCGCAAGCAGAAGGUUGUCGUCCCGUCGGCGCUCCGCGUCCUCCGCCUCAAGCCGGGCCGCAAGUUCUGCACCAUCAAGCGUCUCUCUCACGAGGUCGGCUGGUCGUACCGCGACGUCGUCGACCGCCUCGAGGAGAAGCGCAAGGUCAAGGCCGCCGCGUUCUACGAGCGCAAGGUCGCCGCGCAGAAGGCCAACACGGCCGCGCUCAAGGCCGCCGCCAACGCCGCCCCGAUCCAGGAGAAGCUCGCGGCCCUCGGCUACUAAGCGCAUCGCGUCGUUCGGGCAGUGACGGAGCGAGCGGGACCAACUUGAGGAGGGAACCGGAGGGCGUCCGUGACGGAGCGGGACGAGCGGGGGGUGGUUGCCUUCCCGUCGAGGGAGGGCCCCCUGCGCGUUUUGUUGUGUGUGCUGGAGGGCCUGGAAUGCCACCCGCGCCCUACCGACCGACUCGUCUGCGUCGUUCUGGCGGCCGUCGUUUCCCUCUUC